AUGGCCAUGUCUCUAGAGGAGGAAGAGGUGCCGUUCGAUCUACCUGAUACCCCAGCUUACUGUUCAAGUGAUAAAAAUGAGUUCAGCCUGAUAGGUCGUCUCCUGAAUCCAGACUGUCAGAGGAUGGCUAACCUGAUUUUGGAUUUGCCUAGAAAGUGGCAAAAGUAUGAUAGAGUCAGAGGGGUCCAUACUUUUAAUGAAUGGGCUCUAGCAACUGAGCGUUGGGAAAAGCAGCCUUCAAGUGAGACUCUGCAGUUUGUUCCUAUCUGGGUGCAAAUUAGAAACAUUCCUAUCAAUCACUACACUGAGGAGGCGUUUACUGCUUUAGGGGACCUUGUUGGUCUGGUUACUGAAAUUGCCUUCGAUCCUACUAAAGCGAAGAACAAAGAGUUUGUGAGAGUGAAAGCGUUGGCGGCUGAAAGAAGACUUGGUAGUUCUCCCCAAAAGCAGAUCCCCAAGCCUGUUCUGCUGGAAUCUGAUCCUCUGUUUGGCGUCCUUGGUGAGAAUCAGGUUGGUGUGAAUCCCUUAAUGGGUCGACCGAGGAUUGUAGCCGAGGUCUUACAAGGAAUGAGACAAUACCUUCUAAUUGCUAAUGGUGAUGAUCGUAAAGUCAGAGAAGAUCGUGUGAAGAAAUCUGUAUGUGAGGCUGAGAAGAAUUUAAUCACGCAGAAAAUAGUUUUUCGUCUUGAGCCGGUUCCAAUUAUCACUCGUGAUCUUAACAAAGGUAAAGGUCCGGUUUUUGGCUAUUCUUCCGAAGACUCCACGACUAAAACCGAAGAAAUCAUGCCUCGUUGUCAAAAGCUAAUGUCUGCUGCGAUUCGAGCUGAUGCUAGUUCAAGGAGAAUUGAUGGGCCAAAUCCUUUUCAAGUCGUUCCUGCUUCUCUUGGGUUUUCUGUUGAAUCGUCUCCUUUUCAGAAUAGUUCAACGGGUUACAGGAUCGGGCACUCUGGUGCUGGUCCUUCCAGAACUAUGAUGAAAAAAUCAAAACCUAGAAAGAGGCCCCCGAAGAGUCGAAGGAAGUUAAAAAAAAAAUUGGAGAGUUCCAUUGCUGAAGAUGUUGAGAAAAAUAAGGGUUCUUUGGUGGGAUCGAUGGAGAAAAGGAAGGCUGUAAGUGAUCUGGAGAGUGUUUCCAAAGCCGCAAGGUCAAAAACACAUGAGAUAGUCCCAAAUGAGGGACUGUCCAAUCUUUAA